GUCAUAAGACGAAAAUCGAAACUAAAGCCAAACAAAGCAAAUAACGAAAUUUUCGCUAAUAAUAAUUAAAAUUUUAAUAUUUUUUGAAAAAAUAAAUUAUUAAUAAUAAUAAUAAUAUUUAUUUAUUUUUAUAUUAUUAUUAAGAGAAAAAAAGAAAGAAAGAAAGAAAGGAAGAAAAUUCCUUGUUUAAUUUUCUUUUUCAUUUCUAGGGUUUCGGAAUUUUCCUUCCAUCCAAACAGACACACACAGUAAUGGCGCGCGUGUAUUUUCCGCGAAACUAAGGAGUUGGGGGAUUUCAAUCGGUUUGUACGUUUAAUUUUUGGUUGAAUACAGAGAAAAAGUUUCAGUUGUAUCGAAAAAGAGAGAUGUUGCCGAUGGCGUCUUCAUCAUCAUCGUCUUCGUCGUCUUCAGCUACAGUAGCUGUAGAGAAGGCGACCAGCGAUCUUCUGAUAAGUCCUGAUUGGACUAUGAACAUAGAUAUAUGUGAUUCUGUCAAUUCUCAUCAUUGGCAGGCAAAAGAUGUUGUAAAAGCUCUGAAAAGAAGAUUACAACAUAAGAACUCAAAAGUUCAAUUACUCUCUUUGACGCUAUUGGAAACAAUGGUAAAGAACUGUGGUGAUUACGUCCACUUCCAAAUUGCUGAGAGGAAUAUAUUAGGGGAGAUGAUCAAAAUUGUGAAGAAGAAGACAGAUAUGCAAGUGAGGGAGAAAAUCUUGGUCCUGCUAGACUCUUGGCAGGAAGCUUUUGGUGGGCCCGGAGGAAAGCAUUCUCAGUAUUAUUGGGCAUAUGAUGAAUUAAGGCGUUCUGGCGUAGAAUUUCCCAAGCGUUCAUCAGAUGCUGUUCCUAUCUUUACACCCCCUGUUUCACAUCAGACCGUAGGUCGUCCUCAACCUGGAUAUGGAAUGCCUAGCAAUGCUUCAAGAAGGCUUGAUGAAACUAUGGCUACAGAAAUUGAGAGUUUGAGCUUGUCAAGCAUGGAUGCUAUGCAGAAUGUUCUGGAACUCCUUAGUGACAUGCUACAAGCAGUAAAUCCCGGUGAUUCUGCGGCUGUAAAAGAUGAAGUGAUAGUUGAGCUUGUUAAUAGGUGCCGCACCAACCAGAAAAAGCUGAUGCAGAUGCUCACUUCAACUGGUGACGAGGAACUUCUUGCUCGGGGUCUUGAAUUAAAUGAUAGCCUCCAAAGUUUGCUUGCUAAACAUGACGCUAUAGCUACUGGUUCCCCAAUUCCGGCUCAACUUACAAAUUUUAGUCCACAACACACGGAAACAAGUGCUUCAAGUGUCAGACAGUCUGAAGUUAGAGACUCUAGUCCUAGAGAUGUUAGUCCUAGACCAAAUGUUAACUCUUCUUCGCCUGUUCCUGCUACCAUGACAAAGGGCCCCGCAUAUGAAGAGGAAGAAGAGGAAGAUGAAUUUGCACAGCUGGCACGAAGGCAUUCUAAAGCACCAUCAACAGUUUCCCAAAGCACUUCUAAUGAUACAGCGGAAGGUCUGGCAAUUGUGAGCAUAAGCAGCUCAACAGCUCCAUCGCAAGAGGCAUCCACCUCUGCCACGUGCACUGCAUUAGCUCUCCCUGAUCCACCAGCACCGGUGAAGACUAAAGAACAAGACAUAAUUGAUUUACUGAGUAUCACUUUAUCAACGACAGAAACCUCGCCUUCCUACAACCCCCAGCCCUAUACUCCACCGUCCAACCAAAACAUGCAUCAGGUACCUGUUUCUGCCGGUGUACAUGCUGGAUAUCCCCAUGCCUCUCAACCUUUCCCAACUCAAAGUCAGACACCGUACAACAGCUAUGUAGUUCCAUGGGCUCAAAACCACCAACAAACACAAGCUGCAGCCCAACCACAACGUUUCCAAACCUACCAACAAACCCAAGCUGCAGCCCAACCACAACCUUUCCAAACCCAACAACAAACGCAAGCUGCAGCUCAACAACCAACUUUCCAAACCCACCAACAAACACAAGCUGCAGCCCAACAACAAACUUUCCAAACCCACCAACAAACACAAGCUGCAGCCCAGCCACAACCUUUGCAACCUGCUCAAACCCAUCAACACGUACAACCUCAGCCUCCUACUUACUCAUCUGGUUAUAUCCCUCCACCAUGGGCUGCUACUCCUGGUUAUUAUACAAAUAAUAAUGCAUAUGCUACUCGCACCAACACCACAUCCUAUGCACCAGUACAAGCCCAGACAUCUGCAUCUUACACGCCAGUACAAAGUGCUCGACCGUUGCAGCAGUAUAAUUCUUUCUCGGCAAGGGAAAAUGGAUCAGCUAAUGUUGGAGAGUCACCAGCAAUAACUGCUGCUCGGAAUCCUGCCCCAUCAGCAACAGGACAGAAGCCCUUUAUUCCUUCAUACAGAUUGUUUGAAGAUCUAAAUGUUUUUGGCGGUGCAGAUGGAAGGCAUAAUAAGAUGCCAAGCAGUGGCACGUCGUCUAGUUUAGCUGGAACUUCUAGCCAAGGUAUGGUUGGUGGUAGGAAGUGAACUUUUUAGUGAACAGAAAUGUUUUUUAUUUUAUUUUGGGGGGGAAAUGAAUAUGUUUGUGCCAAUGUGAAUAUGUGAUUGUACAUCGGUAUCAACCUUUCAGUUUGGAUACUCAUUGAAAGUUGUUGAGACAGCUCAUAGAUUGGAAGUUGUGAUUGAUCCCCUCUCCAUAUCUUUUCUUUCUAUGUUGGUGUGUUAACUUUGAAAAUAAUCUUUUAUAAAAUUGGUAUAGGUUUUACCUGGUAAA